CCCAAACAACAAAAAAAAAAAAAAAAAGAAAGAAGGGAAAAAGCUGAGUAAAACCGUGCAGCCCUGAACUACGACGCUUUCUCGUCUUUCAACCAAUCCGUUGAACGUAAAGCUUUCAUCAGUUGUUUUUCCCCCUACAGAUCCUUUGUUUCCUCCUCCACCUUCCCCUUCUUCGUUUCCAUCACCACCCAUCUCUGCAUCCGAUCUGCAUCCCCUUUGUUGGAUUCUCACAAUAUCUAGGGUUUGCCAGGACGGGACCUCCUCUCCAUUCAUCAAAGGAGUUUUUUUUCUUCUCUAUCAUCCUCCUUGGUUGCAAGAGGUGUAAUUGGGUCUUGUAGCCGCUUUAUAAAUGACCUCGAGCACAGCAGGAGAUCGAAGCAGAUGGGGUACUACAAGAAGAAGUGGCAUGACAAUAUUGGGAAAGGUUGCUGUUCCAAAACCAAUUAACUUACCAAGCCAAAGGUUGGAGAACCAAGGCCUUGACCCUAAUGUGGAAAUUGUUCCAAAGGGAACCCUUAGCUGGGGGAGUAAAUCAUCACUGAAUGCUUGGGGGACAUCAUCAUUGUCACCACGAACUGAAAGUGGCCCUGGUUCACCAAGCCACCUCAGUAAUCGACCUUCUUCUGGUGGAAGUGGAACUCGGCCUUCAACUGCUGAUAGUAACAAAGCACAUGACUCUUCUUCUUCUGUUGCAUGGGAUUCAAACUCUCGGCCUUCAUCAGCAUCUGGGGUGUUUCCAUCUAAUCAGGCAUCAGUUGCACUACAGCGUCCACAUAGUGCAGACACAAGACCAGGAAGUUCCCAGUUAUCCCGAUUUGCUGAACCUGUGUCAGAGACUUCUGCAACAUGGGGUCAACAUGUACCAGGAGAGAAGUUGGGAGUUGCUCCAUCAAACAAUGAUGGGUUUGCUUUGUCUUCUGGAGAUUUUCCUUCCCUUGGUGCUGAAAAGGAGUGUUCUGAAAAGAGCACAAGGCCACAAGAUGCUGGACCUCGCGGUCGUCCUUCAUCUUCGUCUGGAAGAUCUGUGGAAGAGCAAAAUGUAGAUUGCACGAAAGAAGCUAAUGAACGUAUUGGAGAAGCCAAUUCCUGGAGAAGAGAUGAUCAGCCAUACAGUGAAGAUGCACCUAGACAUUGCAGAGGGGAAGGGCAAUUGGACUCCCGUGGUUCACAAUCAUAUCCUAAUGCUAAUUUUCCUCAUCAUUAUGAUGCUUGGCGUGGUCCUCCAGUAAAUAAUCAUCAAGGUGGUGGCUGGUACAGAGGGAACCACCCAUAUGGUGGUGCCCCAAUGGGUCCUGGUGGUGCCCCAAUGGGUCCUGGUGGUUUUCACAUGGAUCCUUUUCCAUUUUAUCCUACGCAAGUUCCACCUGCUCCUGGACGUGGGGCUGGUCCUAGGGGUAAUCACGCUAAUAAUGAAAUGAUGUUUAGACCUCCAAUGCUUGACUCUUAUGUCCACCCAAGGAUGCAGACUAGGCCUGGGUUUUAUGUUGGUCCACCGCCACACGAAGGCUACUAUGGUCCUCCCAUGGGGUAUGGCAGUCCCAGUAACAGAGACUUGCCAUUUGCAGGUAGGCCUGCUGGUCCUCAUACUUUUAAUAAUCAUUCUGGGCAAGGUGGAUAUGAUACUCCUGGAAGCUCAGUGGCUUUGGAUCGGAACGAGCCAUCACAUUCUCAAGAACCACAAAGGCCUUUCAAGGUUCUUUUAAAGCACCAAGAUGGGAGGUUGGGAGAAGAUAAAGCAAAGCAAGAAGAAUUUCUAGGAAAUAGGCUCCCGAAUGCAGAGACGGUAGCUCAACAGUUGCAAACUUCAAGAAACGAGAGGAGAGAAAACAGAAAUGAGGCAAGUGGUGAAGUACAACCAGCUAAGGCAGAACUUGCUGCCCCUGGAGAUCCUAGUUUGAUUCAGAAAAUCGAGGGCUUAAAUGCAAAAACUAGAACGAAUGAUGGUUGGCAAAAUGAUUCAUCUGUUGUCAGUAGAGAUGAGCAGGAAAGCAAACCACGUACAUUCAAUUCUGGAAACCCUGUAAAUAAAGUUUCUGCAAGAAAUCCUCGAACUGGUCAUGCAAAUGAUAGUAAGAACUUAUUACACUAUAAUCAAGGUGAUCCUGCCACAAACAAAAAUGCUGAACUUGCAGCAAUGAGUGGAACUGCCAUAUCCAGGAGAUAUACUCAACAGACUCAAGGCAGAGCAGAUCCUCCAAACAAACGAACAGUAAACAGUGAAGGCAAUGAUGGUUGGCAGAAGACAACUGAUAUGUCAGGCUCCUCCCUUAUCGUAGAUGAAUCUUUAGAUACCGAUUCCAUUAGGAGGCCUGGGUCUGGAAAACCAGCAGACCCAAAUGACAACCAGCGUUCUACGAUGAGAGAGUUAGCCAGGCAGCGUGCUCAACAGAGGCAGAAAGAGGAGGAAGAAAGAGCAAGAGAUCAACGCGCUAAGGCUCUUGCAAAACUAGAAGAGUUGAAUAGGCGUUCCCAAGUAUCUGAGGAGGGUUCAGUCAAGAACAUGGAAGCUGCAUCUAAUGCUUCUCUAUCUGACAUGCAAGAAGAUCCUGGGUCUCAUUCACCUGCACGUUUCCCAUCAAACUCAGGUGAUGUUCAUUUCCGUUCAUCGAUCGAGGUGAAGAACACUGUUGCAGCUGCAAAUUCCUUAGAACCUACUGGAGGACCAGGAGAAAACACAAUGCACGAUACGAGGGCUUCAACAGAAUAUACAAGUAAUGUGGGUCCUUCCCAACAGAAUACUCUUCCACGUGGUCGUGAUGACACAGCCUUAAAACAGAAGCGCUUGGGUUAUAAGCAGAAGCAAAAUGUUAUUGUUGAGAAAAAAAUGGCAGCAAGCUCUGUUGCCACUACAGAGGUGUUCGAUGAUGUUCCAUCUCCUGAGGUGGUUAAUGAAGGUGUCUCAUGCCAUAACUCAGACAUGCCAGCAACGUCAAGUGUUGUUUCAACUGAGUCAACUUUCACGAAAAGAAAAAAUAACAGGAAUGGUAAGAAAAAGCACAAGGCUGAGGAGACAUCAACGAUGAAUACGACAAGAGUUGCCGUUGGAAAAGAAACAAAACCGGGAGAUGAGUCAAUUGAGGCUGGUAGGGAAAGGGCAUCUGAAAUGGAUUUGGGGUCUGUUUCAGUUCCAUGUGUGGAUAUCAAAGUGUCUGGUGAUUCGUCUGAGCAAAACAGUUCCUUCACUAAUGAAGAAUCUCAGAACAGAGCAAAAAACUACUGGAAAUCUCAACAUUUGCGUCGGACUCAAAGAAACUCACUGGGAAAUAAGCCUUCAGAAAAACUUUCUGGCAACAAUGCUGUUGUGUGGGCUCCAAUACAUCCACAGCAGAAAGCUGAUGUUUCCACAGGUGUAGGGAGUCAGAACACUGUCCCUGAGUUUGGCACCUCUACGAAGAGUCAGCAUCAAGGGCAGACUAGUUCUAAAAGCAAAAGAGUGGAGAUUGAAAGAUAUGUCGUGAAGCCCAUAGUAAAGGAAAUGGCUGAGCCAAUUGUCAGUAAAAAUCUAGUAACUGCUGCUCCAGAUAUGCCAGAGAAUGUUAACCAUAAAGAUAAUAGUGGAGGUGAAGGUACAGGAAUUCUCCAACCUUCGGGUUCAACUACAGGGAAACCUGGGUCUCCUUCAAAGUCAAGACACGGUAAUGGUAGGCAGGGAAAGCAUGGUAGAGAACAAGGGUCAUGGCACCAGAGAGGUUCUGGAGCACCUACUAAAGCUUUGGAGGAUGGACAAUCUGUAACCUCAAAUCAGCCCAUCCGAGGAACAGUGAACUAUCACUCUAGCAACCAAACAGAACAAAUUGCUGCCAAGAAUCAAACCACAUGUAAUGAUGAUGGAUGGAACGAUGGCUGGUAUAUGCCUCCUGAAAUACAUCAUUCUGCUGUCGAAGAAAUGGAAGCAAGUGCUGUUGGAAAAGAUCAAGGAAUGGGCAUCCAUGGCAAGCAGCAUGCUUCCAGAAGCAACAAAGAUGGAGGAAGUAACUACGGUGACCCUAAAAAAGCCAUGAAGAAGGAUUCCAAUAAAGCUCAUAUGCAGCAAUCGGGCCAUGGGUUUAGUCAACCAGAUUUUCCUGUUGCUUCAAGAGAAAGUCGUGGCCCUGGAGAUAAUGUGUGGCAUACAGCUAAUAGGACAGGUAAGUUCGGUGGUCGUGAAAGUACAAGGGACAAAACUUAUGGAUCUCAGAAAAAAGAUGUUGCUGGAUACGAGCAUCAAGGGGUUACUACAGAACAUAAAAUGAAAUCAGCUGAUACACAAGCCCAGUCGCAAAACCGAUCUACCAAUAAGGAGGUCCAGGUUGAGCAAAAUCCGAAUAGUAUGUUCCAAAAGAACACAGGGCAGGGUCGACGGUUUGGAAGAGGGCAUGAAUCACAAGGAGGCUGGGGUUUAUCGGCGCAAGAGAAUAUGCACCAUCACCAUCAGAGGCCAUCUUCAAACAGAGAUAGACAGAAGCCUACUGUGCAUUAUGAAUACAAACCUGUUGGGUCUCAUACAAAUGAUGGAGAACGUAAUCGAGAACAAUCGAAAGAUAGUUCCCAGACAGAAGGUCCAAGAUACAGGGAGAAAGGACAGGGACAGGGACAGCAAAGGCAUGGUGGAUACCAACAUCAACGGGGUACUAGUGGGAGAAACACUGGUCAUGGGUUCACAGGUGAGAGAAACUAAGAUUGGCCUGUUGUGUUAUUAGGUAGAAAGAACUGCCAUGCUGAGGAUAAUAAUUGCACUUUGAGAUAUGGCUAUUGAGGAAGCUAUUUCGUAGUCACAACAUAUAGCUUGGGGGAUUACUGAGAGGAGACGUAUCCGAGGAGGCAUAGGCAGAUAACAAACUUUGCUCAUGAGGGCUUAUUAUGCAAUUUGAGUCACUUGUUUGGAUAUGAAUAUUUACUGUAGCCUUUUGUAUUACAUUUGCCGGCAAUUGGACUGACGUUGUUACGUUAAAGCCGUUGCUUUUAUUGCUGGUUUUUCUUUUUAAUUUCCUAUGUUCUAUCUAUCUAUCAGAGUGGGAACCAUCUUUACAUGACCUCCCACUUUUGAUUCCAAUUUUUUUGUUUGACGUUGAGACUCAUAAGUAUAUGUAUUAUAAAAAUCUGCCAUCCCAAACUUGUUGGUA